AUGAUGUUUGAAGAGGAAUCAUUGAAUGGAGAUAUACCUAUGAUCCCAUUAACCACGGUUCUACAUUGUACUAAUAACUUUUCAGAAGCAUCUAAGUUAGGGGAAGGUGAAUUUGGCCCUAUUUACAAGGGAAUUCUACCGAAUGGAAGACAAGUUGUAGUGAAAAGGCUCUCACAAGAGUUCAAGAAUGAAGUAAUGUUUAUAGCUAAACUACAACAUCCAAAUAACAAGUUAUCAGAUUCCAUACCCCUACAUUCAGUUACCUUUCAUAACUUAGAACCAUUUUACACCAACUCCUUUGAAGGACCACUACCUGAUUCACUCUUUCUUCUUACAAACCUUAAAAUCAUAAACUUUUCCAAUAACAAGUUUAGUGGUAGUAUCUUUCCUCUGACUCGUUCAAAUUCUCUCACUGUUUUGGACUUGACAAACAAUAGCUUCUUAGGUUCCAUCCCUUAUAUUCUAGCUAACUUUGGAGAUCUCACCCGUCUCAGACUUGCAAACAAUUAUCUCACAAGAACCAUUCCUUCCGAACUAGGCCUCCUCACUAAGCUGAACUUCCUUGAUUUAUCAUUCAACAACUUAACAAGGCAUGUGCCACCUCAACUAUUCUCCAACUGUAAGAAAAUUGAACAACUUUUGCUGAACAGUAACAGAUUGAGUGGCCAAAUGAUGGCAUGGUUAGGAAGCUUGCAAGAACUUGGUGAGUUGGAUCUCUCAUUCAAAAACUUCCAUGGAAGAGUUCCCACUGAGCUUGGAGGAUGCUCAAAUUUGCAUAAGCUUUCACUCCAUCACAACAAUCUCUCUAGAGAAAUCCCUCUUGAGAUUGGAAACCUUACUUCACUCAAUGUCUUCAAUUUACAACGAAAUAGUUUUUAUGGCCACAUUCCACCAACAAUUCAACAAUGCUCAAAGCUGUAUGAGCUAAGUCUCUCAGAGAACUUCCUCACAGGUGUUAUACUAGUUGGAAUAGGGGCAGUCACUGAGUUGCAAGUCAUAUUGGACCUCAGCAGAAACCUAUUUUCUAGUGAGAUUCUUUCAUCUAUGGGAAAUCUCACGAAGCUAGAAAGACUUGAUCUUUCAUUUAACCAUUUCCAACAAUAA